UUUAAGGGCGCUGCCUCUAGGGUUUGCAGCUGGGCAUUGUGAAUUCUCUUCAAGUUUUCAAAGUCCUGGGAAGUUUUGAUAAGCAAAUACUUUCUGAGCUCUGCUUCUCUAUUGGCUGUUUCUUCACCGCCAGAUUUUGACACAAAUAAUCUGAUUGAAAAAUCAGGGAGGGGAACGGGGGCAAAAAACAGAGAGAAAAAAGGAGAAGUAUCUAUUUCAGCAGGCUGCAACUAAGUGAAAAAGUGGAAGAAGGAGCCCGGGGAGAAGACUACGUCUCGCUGGGGGCUUGUCUGGGGAGAUAUCAAGGCAAAUCCAGGAAAGCAGAGUACCCUAAACAGGCAGUGAAUGGAAAAUGCCACGUUCCUUUUUGGUGAAGAGCAAAAAGGCUCAUACCUAUCAUCAGCACCGCUUUGUGGAAGAUGAUCUGCCUAUGUUCACAUGGGAUCCACUCACCUCUGCUUUCACUGCUGCAGGAGACAGAGACAAGACACCAGAGGAUGGCAAGAAACGGGACCUGGAAUGGGUGGUUCCAAAACAAGAAAAGGAUUCUUUUCAACCAAAGGAAGAAAGUGUCCCUGUCCCGUACCUGAGCAGGAUGCUGCCAGGACCUUCAGCUCAAGACAUGACCAUCUCAGGUCUGCAAGUCAAAGACUGCACUGGCCCAACGAGCACGCCUACCUUCUACAAAACUAGCUUUUCAUGGGAUGCUUUCCAACUGCCAUACAGCUACAGACAGAUGUCUUCCACCAUGCAAUCAGCCCUCCUGGAGCACCCGGUCAGCCUGUAUGGAAGCCAUCUCCUGCCAAGCGCUGAGCCCCCUCUGGAUUACAGCAUGCGGUACUCCUCGGACAUGGAGACCUACCACUGUGUGAAGUGCAACAAGGUGUUCUCCACUCCCCAUGGCCUGGAGGUCCACGUACGAAGGUCUCACAGCGGGACCCGGCCUUUCGCUUGUGAAGUAUGUGGCAAAACCUUCGGACAUGCUGUAAGCUUGGAGCAGCACACCAACAUUCACUCCCAGGAAAGAAGUUUUGAGUGCAAGAUGUGUGGGAAGACAUUCAAGCGCUCCUCCACCCUCUCCACACAUCUGCUGAUCCAUUCCGACACACGGCCCUAUCCCUGCCAAUACUGCGGCAAGCGCUUCCACCAGAAGUCAGAUAUGAAGAAACACACUUACAUCCACACUGGAGAGAAGCCCCACAAAUGCCAGGUAUGUGGCAAAGCCUUCAGCCAGAGCUCCAACCUCAUCACCCACAGCCGCAAGCACACCGGCUUCAAGCCCUUCAGCUGUGAGCUCUGUGCCAAGGGCUUCCAACGUAAGGUGGACUUACGGAGGCACCGGGAGACCCAACACAGUCUCAAGUGAGGGAUAGCUCCAGGUCUCUGCUGGAGGUCCCACUGCCAGUGCAUGCUUCAUGGAAGACAGCCCUCCCUAGCAUUUCCAUCCAGCACGGGGACUCUCAUUUCAUUCAGCUCACAUAGCUUCCUGCACUUUUCUGGGAAGUGACAAUGCCAUGUCAUUGGCUUUGGUGUUCUUGCAACCCCAGAGCCUUACACACCCCAGUACGUGACAAAGAAACUUGUGGGAGCUCUCACUUCUUGGUUACAGCAGGUAUCAGGCCAGAUCUGGUAUCACCUGCUCAAGUGUAAAUGCAGGGGAAUUCCUCCAGGGUCACAAUUACUCUGGAUUUACACCACGUGCAGAAUUCAGUCCAUCAGACCGACCUGACCAGCAGUGAGGUGGGAACACCUGGACUAGUGGCAGCCACAAUCUGUGCCAAGCUGCUGCUGUAACUAUGUUCUGCUUUGAUGGUUAGGAAGAUAAGGAUAGGGCAUGCAAAUAGACUGCGUUCAGUGAGUUGUUUUUAACCUGGACAGGGCUUCUGCAGAGACUUGCCCAGGUCAUAAAUUCCAGCAACAGACACCUAAAGUCAUUUUCUUUCAGUGGAGCAUUUACUGUGAUCAAGUGACAAAUUAACCGUGUCCUAUUUUUAGCUUGGAGUAGGAGGAAAAUAUUGGGAAAAAAAAUAGCUCCUAUCCCUAACUAAUAGCAAGGGUCUCUGCAUGCAUUCCACAUCCACACCCUCCAGCAAAGAUCCCUAAGCAAGUGACAAUCAGAUGAACUCCAGGGAAAGCCAUGCCACAGCACUGGGGAUAAGUUAAUGAGCUCUGUAUCUCAGUACCCUGUGAGACAGACUGGCUCUCAGAAUCCAGGCUGGGAUGUUCCCCAGUGUUGCACUAUGUGCUGGAUUUAUUGGCUUAAAUCUGUCCUGGACAGCUCUGUGUCACUGCAUGGUCAGGAAUGACCAUGGAUGUAGAUGUCAAGGGCCAGAGAAAUAUGAUUUCCUUCCACUCUUACAGGAGGAAGUGGUCUAACCCAUAUACACUGGCAUGAUAUGAGUACUUCACAAAUAUUACACAAACAUAGCAGUGGUAUUUCCUCCUUCUUGCAGGUCUAGAGGUUGAAGCAAAGCACUGGAAGAAGUAAAUAGCUGGCUCUCCUCUAAGCUCUGCUGUGUUCUCAGUACAUAACCUUUGGCAAGUCACUGCACGGAUCUGACUUCUAUUUCUCCACACCUCUUGGUGAUGAGGAAUAAUUCGUUCAGGCUUGUAAAGUCCCUUGAGUUUUUGAGAGGAAGGACAAAGUAUUAUUAUAGCAUUAAAAAGACAAGUGCUUGCUGUUGAGUGGGGCACUGCAGCAGGGCACAGACCACUCCAUGACUACAUCCCUGAACACAUGGCAUCGUAUGCUGACUCCUAUGGGAAGCAGCCUGCAGAAGGGGCUGUGGCAUUCACCAUCUCACUCCAAAUGCUUAUUAAGGAAGGCUGCCCCCACGGGCAAAGAAGCAGCAGUCUAAGCCCAAAAUUCAUUUACUGCCCAGAGAAAAGAGUUCUGAUCCUGUCCUCAGUUACACUGCUGUAAAUCCAAAGCCAUUCUCCUUACUAAGAUUUAAAACAUACUUGCCCCUGUUCUUUGCUUAAGCUGUUACUCAUUAAUACACAGCCUGGCAACUCAAAACAGAGUCUGUACUCCUGGCUUGUCCUUGCACACUGUAAAUAUGUAUUUAUACUUAUUCUAAUGUAUAUUUUUAUUGCAAUACACCAGACAGCGACAACAUGUACAGGCCUGCUGGGAUUUAACUGAUAAACCUGUUACUUCUCAGUAGCUCUGAACACAUGGUGCUUUGUGUUAAAAACAUUCAUCUCAAGAAAGUCUUGUGCUCAGCUCUGGAGGUGCCAGCAGUGGGAGCAGAAGGGGAAAGGAGUGGGGUGUCAGCACAGCAUUGCUGCCCUGUUAAAGCUGAGCUGUUCUGUAUUUUACCAUGCCAGAACCUGGUCAGGGUAUGGGCUCCCAGGAAGGAAGCAAUGCCCAGGCCCUAUCUGUGACACCAGACACAUAUGCAUGAAUUUCAGAUAAGGUAAAACCAUUUUAGCUUAUUAAAAUUGCUGCCAAAAAUGCAAACUGUGUUUAUUAUUUCCCUCGUCCUCCUCAAAUCUGCAAACAGAG